UUGCAACAGAAUCUAAGUUUCUCUUUAGUUACCGUAUUUGGCCUGACAGCAUCAGUCGCGUUCUCCUUAAGUUUGUAUACCUUUGAUCACGAACGCGCUGAUUUUAUAGAGAACAUGCAGUGGAUCUUUCACACAGUUAUCGUGUCUUGUUUUGCGAUAUUUUGUGUGGGAGAGUUUAUUCCUUUUAAGCAUUUGGGAUUUCAUCAUACUGAUAAGGAUGCGAUGAGAAAUGUGACUCAAAUAAUUGCCAGCAGAGGAUACCCCGUCGAAGAGCAUUAUGUGACGACAGAAGAUGGCUUUAUUCUUGCCUUGCAAAGGAUUCCUCGCGGGAGGGACGAAAAAGAAAGUUCUGCCCCCAAAGAGGUAGUAUUCUUACAGCACGGCCUUCUUGCAGACGCAACGAACUGGAUCAUUGAUACUCCAACCAGAAGUCUGGGCUACAUACUCGCGGACAGAGGCUUCGACGUCUGGCUUGGAAACAUCCGGGGAAAUGAUUACUCGCGCCGUCACGUGAAGUACAGUCCCCACCAAUCAAAAUUCUGGAAUUGGAGUUGGCAAGAGAUGGCUAAAUACGACCUUCCCGCCAUGAUAAAUUAUGUAUUGAAAGUCACGGGUGAAGAACAGCUGUAUUAUGUCGGCCAUUCGCAGGGGACACUGAUUGGUUUUACAGGAUUCUCUGAAAAUCAGGCUCUGGGAAAGAAAGUUAAGAUAUUCUUCGCCUUAGCACCAGUCUAUACUUUGAAUCAUUGUACAGACAUUGCAAAAGGCGGAGCAAAACUCGUAUAUCCACUUGUCAAGAAAUUGUUUCCUGGUAUGACAUUUGAUCUUCUUCCCGGAAACUUCCUAAGAGCUCUUAUAAAUCUGGGUUUCUGCGCAAAUCCUAUCUCUGAACGAGUUUGUUACGAUUUCAUGGAGUUGGUGAUCGGUAUGGAUAGCAAAAAUAUCGAUAAGUCGCGAGUACCCGUAUACCUGGCUCACUUUGCAGAGGGGACAUCUUUCAAGGACAUCGUGCAUUUCGGACAGUUGAUUGUGAACAAAAAGUGUCAGAAGUUUGAUUACGGUGAAGCUGGAAACAUGAAACAUUACAAUCAGGCCACCGCUCCUCUCUAUGACGUGCAAGACAUGACUACCCCGACUGUGCUGUUUGUGGGGGCCAAUGAUGUUCUUGGUGACCCAGCGGACGCGGCAGCACUCAAGCCGCAAAUUUCUAACUUAAUACAUUAAGAAGUUAUUCCCGGCUGGAAUCACCUGGACUUUCUGUAUGGGAUAGACGCAGCACAAAUUGUGUACCCCAAGAUUUUGAACGCAAUAGAGAAGUUUAAAUAGGGCUCCAAAUGUGUGUGUUUCGUAACGAUAAACUAAAAUCUGGCCCUCAGUUGACCGGAGUUUACAACCGCCAUUCAUUUGAAGUUUUACAAUGGAUAUUCGAGCGGAAGGGGACUUAAAAAUGUUUUAUAGUAGAUUUUCCUUUGAAUGUGGAACCCGAAAAUGUGUGCUUUCGCUUUUUCAGCCGAUUGAAAAUAUAAUAAUGAUAAUGAUAUAAUAUACGUUAAUUGAGGCUUCCCCAUAGGGGCUUUUCAGCCACAAUGUAGUU